AUGAAGGCCAGCCUCUUCUUCCUUGCGGCCUCCACGGCUCUCGCCGCUCCCCUCGAGAGCAGCCCCGUUGUUCGCGACGUGGCAUCGACUUUCCCCCUCGCGGAGCUCGAGGCCUACUACACCACCGCCUUUGCCUCCGAGGGCGCGGAGACCGAAGCUCUGAACACCGCCAUCUCCAAGCGUCAGUACCAGAGUGACACCUCCAACCAGCUUACCGACGGUACACCUUGCCGCCCCGUCACUCUGAUCUGGGCCCGUGGCACCACUCAGCCCGGCAACACCGGCGAGGCAGGCUCCGAAGGCCCCACCUUCUUCAACGCCCUUGCCUCGAUGAUUGGGACCGAGAACCUGGCUGUUCAGGGCGUCAACUACGCAGCUAACAUCCUCGGCUUCCUCCUUGGCGGUGACCCGGCUGGCAGCACCACCAUGGCCAAUUUGGUCGCUCAGGCGACUCAAUUGCAGGCCAUAGCCCAGUGCCCGGACACCAAGAUCGUUCUCUCUGGCUACAGUCAGGGUGGUCAGCUCGUCCACAACGCGGCGAACAAGCUGACUGCGGCUCAGAUUGCCCGCAUUUCUGCCGUUCUCAUCUUCGGCGACCCAUUCAACGGUCAGCCCGUUGGCCUUGUUCCCGCUUCCAAGGUCAAGGUCAUCUGCCACACCGGCGACAACAUCUGCGAGGGUGGCAUCAUCAUCACCGCGCAGCACAGGAACUACGAGCAAGACGCUAUCUUGGCCGCUGCUUUUGUUGCUGGUCUGGUUCAGUAA